AGUUUUUUUAGCUCACUUAUGUCUCGGAAAACCUCAUAAGUUACAGCAUUUAUUUAAUUAGUGCUUCAGUUUCUUCUGAAUUUGAACGAAACCUGAAAAAGAAAGGAGACAUUUUGUUUCAUGAACUUCGCGGCUUUUUCAGCUGGAAUAUUUCAUAGCGGCAGUUGGCUGCUCCACCGGGAGGGGGCGGUGACGUAACCGAACAAACUGUUCAAGAAGAAGAAGAAGAAGCGGCGGCGCCAUUUUUGCGCUGCGGUGAGUUUAGCCGUGAACAUGUCCGGCAUGUCUUCGGUCCAGCAUCUCAGAGAGUUCAUCAGCGAGCGGCUGGCUGCCGCCGCGGAGGAAAUCUUCUCGGUCUUCCAGAGAACCGUCGCCCAGUACGAGGAGGAGCUGGACCGCCAGCGCAGGCUGCUGGACGGCGCCUGGAGACCGGAGGUUCGGCUGGACCGGACGGACCUUUCUCAGUAUUUCCUCCAGAAGCAAGAGGAGAUUCCUGCUGAGCUGCAGACCAGAAACCAGAAGAUGGAUCCCAACAUGGCCCAAAAGGAACCAGAAGGUUCGGAAGCGAAAGAAAACCAGGAAGCACCAGAAACUUUCCAGAUUAAAGAAGAACAAAAUGAACCAGAAGCUUCACAAGUUAAAGAGGAGCAUGAAGAGCUCUGCGCCAAUCUGGAGGAAGAGAACCUGGUUCUGAUGCCGAUGGCGGCUUCCUCUCAUGAAGAAAGUUUGAACACUGAACCAGAGCCGGACCAGAACCAGCUUCAGCCUGACAGCCAACCAGAAACACAAGAUCAGAAUGAAAACUUGACUAACGACUCUGGAUCAUCUGGAAAUGCAGAACUGGAACUGAAAAAUGAUCAGAGCACAGCUGAUAAGGAGAAGUUGUCUCUGAAAUGUGACGUUUGUGGAAAAUUAUUCUCCAGAGCUUCUAAUUUACGUUCUCAUUCCAGAGUUCACACUGGAGAGGAACCGUAUUCCUGUAAAGUCUGCAAGAAAACCUUCCGAGAGAAGUAUAACAUGCUGAGCCACAUGAGGACGCACACGGACGAGAAACCGUAUUCCUGUAAAACCUGCGGCCGAAAGUUCCGCUUUAGAAGCAGCUUCAUGGUCCACAUGAGGACCCACACAGGGGAGAAGCCAUACUUCUGCCAGACCUGCGGAAAAAAUUUUCCCGAACUGCAAUCACUCAAGAAGCACAUGAUGAUCCACACCGGCGAGAAACCGCAUUCCUGUAGAACCUGUGAGAGAGGCUUCAGCAGCCGCAGCCACCUGGUGCGCCACAUGCAGGUUCACUCUGCAGACCGGCCGUACCAAUGUCAAACCUGUGGGAAAGGCUACGGCUGCAGCAGCCAUUUCCGCAGGCACAUGAUGAGCCACACGGGCGAGAGACCGUUCGCCUGCACCACAUGCGGCUUCCGCUUCAUGCGCAGCAGCAACCUGAAACGGCACAUGAGGAACCACUCCGAAGACAGGCCGCACUUCUGCAAAACCUGCGGUAAGACGUUCUCCCUGCGGUCGGCGUUGUCCAAGCACAUGCUGAUCCACACGAGAGCCAGGCCUCACGCGUGCAACACGUGUGGAAAACGAUUCAUGAAAACGUUUCAUCUGAGGCGCCACUUGAAGACUCACGUGGCUCCAAAGCAUCUUUUGGAAGGAACCAAUCAGCUAGCAGUUAGCUUCCACUGUAGCGGUGUGAGUUUAGCCGUGAACAUGUCCGGCAUGUCUUCGGUCCAGCAUCUCAGAGAGUUCAUCAGCGAGCGGCUGGCUGCCGCCGCGGAGGAAAUCUUCUCGGUCUUCCAGAGAACCGUCGCCCAGUACGAGGAGGAGCUGGACCGCCAGCGCAGGCUGCUGGACGGCGCCUGGAGACCGGACAGCGGCUUCCAGGCAGCAGACCCGCCGCUGCAGCCGUUUCCCUACAUGGACGAGCAGAACCUCCAGAUCCAGAACCACAGCCCGGUCCUGGAGGAACCAGAACCUCUACAGGUCAAAGAGGAAAACGAGGAGCUGCGCAUCAGCCCGGAGGAAGAGCAGCCGGUUCUGAAGCAGGAGGCCGACAUGCUCGCUGCGGCUUUGGCUUACGAAGGACCCGGAACCGAACCGGAACCGGGCCGGGACCGCUUUCCGCCAGCCGAGAGCCACGACCGGCCCAAACGCUUCGAACCGGCCGGGAAGCCGGAUCAGAACCACAGCAGGGCUGAGCGAUCCAGCUGGACUCAGAAGUGUGACGUUUGCGGCAAAGCGUUCAACAAAGCGUCGGAGCUGCGCGCGCAUUACCGCAUCCACACCGGGGAGAAACCAUUCUGCUGCCCCACUUGUCAGAAAGCCUUCACCUUCAAGUCCAACCUGCGGGUCCACCUGCGCACGCACACCAACGAGGCGCCGUUCUCCUGCCAGACCUGCGGCAAGCUCUUCAAGCACCGCAGCAGCCUGAUGGUGCACUGCCGCAGCCACACCGGGGAGAGACCGUACGCCUGCGCUGCCUGCGGGAAGCGAUUCACAGACAAGUCCUCGCUCAAGCAGCACUCGGUCACACACACGGGCCACAGGAUGUACUCGUGUGCGCUGUGUGGGCGGGGCUUCAAUAGGAGCAGCUACCUGCUGCAGCACAUGAAGGUUCACACGCCAGAGAGUUUCUCAACAUGAGUUAGAGUCGGGAGGAACUCAAAACCGCUCCAGGAAUCGUGCUUACUCAGCAAACCUUCCCCAUCUCAUCUCAGUUUAAAUAUCUUCCUACAGGCUUAUUUUCCAAAAUGUUACAUUUAGCUGAGAAGUGUCUAAGUUCACCUUUUGUUCUCCCAGUGUUUUAUAAGCCUGGCAGGUUUCCAGGCUCAACUUGCCUAAUCAUCGUUUAUUUAUUCUAAAUAAGUUUUUAUACACCAGUAAGCUACGUUUGUAGCUGACGAAAUGACGCGUCCCUCCACCUCUCUGUUGAGCUCAUAUUGUCAUUUCCAAUUCAUGACAUCUACUCAAGAUGCGCCUCAUCAUUUUUGUAACUUUUCACAAGUUUUACCGGCCCUAGCGCCUGUACUGCCAAGCUUCGCAUGUUUUCUGGGGGAAACCCGUCUCCUGUCUCUGUGAGAAUUUAUGAAGAAUGAAUCAGAGAGACCGAAUUUUUGGUUUAAAUCAGUCUUUGGUUUCCUUCUCACUUACUUAGCCACUUAUUUUCAAAAAGGGGGUUUUAUUUCAGUCAUCCCUGUGAGUUGUAUGACAGAGUGUUUGGGUGAGGAUACGAGAAUUUGUGUUUAACUACAAGAAUGUAGUUAUAAUAUCAGCAGAAUAAAGAAAAAUGUCUUAAAA